ACUCAGAGGGCAGAGAAGAAAGGGACUGUGUAGAAGGGCGGUUCUAACCCUGGGUGUGGGUGUCUGUGUCGAGAGGUCCUGAUGGACGUCUUCGGGAUGUGCACAUAGGGGUGAGGGAGUCUUUGGCGAUUUGGGGAGAAGUAUUCUCGGGCAUGCGACUGGAGGACUUUUACAUUGGGGAUGGGGAGCUGGAGGAGGGUUUCCAGACAGGCUCGGAGACCGAAGAGUUGAGAUGUGGUUUCCUGGAUGCCACCUAGGAAUGGUGGGGUGGUACUUUAAUAUAAAACCGGAUUACGAGCCCUGCAAGCUCGUGGGAGCCCUGACCGUCGUGACUGUUGUACUUUGCUCCGGCAGCUUGGUGGCAUUCGUCAUGUGGGCGUUUAGGUCGUGAUCAGGUGGGGGAUGUAGCUGUGGGAUGAAUAAUCCCAACAGGUCACGUCGUGGGAUCCAAGAGACACACACCGAGACUUUAAACUUCGAAUCACGACCAAGCGCCAGAAGCAGCUAGGCUCUGCAGCUGCGCAAGCGCAGCACUGGCGAGUGGGGGACGCUUCUGUUGGGAACGCGUCAGGCGGCCUGGAGGGGUGGGGCUUAGAGGCCUCAUUCUGCGCUUGCGCUGUAGGGGCGUGGCGGUCGCACCUGCGCGAGUUGGGUGAAGGAGGAGGAGGAGCGAGAUGACGCAGGCGUAAUAAUAGAGAAGGUGCCAGAAAGAUCCAAAACAAGUGGCUGCGGCCGUCGCCCAGGAGUCAUCGGACGCCGGAAUCUGGCCCUGGUUCUGAGCUUGUUCCGCACCCCUCCCCUGGGAAUGGCGUUGUCCGGGUCGACCCCGGCCCCGAGCUGGGAGGAGGAUGAGUGUUUGGAUUACUACGGCAUGCUGUCGCUUCACCGUAUGUUCGAGGUGGUGGGCGGGCAGCUGACCGAGUGCGAACUGGAGCUCCUGGCCUUCCUGCUGGAUGAGGCUCCCGGCGCCCCCGGAGGCCUGGCCCGUGCCCGCAGCGGCCUGGAGUUGCUUCUGGAGCUGGAACGCCGUGGGCAGUGCGACGAGAGCAACCUGCGGCUGCUGAGCCAACUCCUGCGCGUGCUGGCCCGUCACGACCUACUGCCACAUCUGGCCCGCAAGCGGCGCCGGCCAGUAUCCCCCGAGCGAUACAGUUAUGGCAGUCCUGGCUCUUCUUCGAAAAGGACAGAGGGCAGUUGCCAGCGUCGGCAACAGUCAGGUAGUUCUUCUGAUUCCCAGCAGAGUCAGUGGGACACAGGUUCCCCUCCCACCAAAAGGCAGCGGCGGAGUCGGGGACGCCCUAGCAGUGGUGCCAGGCGGCGGCGGAGAACAGGCCCAGCACCUGUGCAGCAGCAGCACCAGGAGCUGGGCAGGCCCUCAUCAGAAGGCAAAGUGACCUGUGACAUCCGGCUCCGGGUUCGAGCAGAGUACUGCGAGCAUGGGCCAGCCUUGGAGCAGGGCGUAGCGUCCCGGAGACCUCAGGCAUUGGCCCGACAGCUGGAUGUGUUCGGACAAGCCACUGCAGUGCUGCGGUCAAGGGACCUGGGCUCUGUCGUUUGUGACAUCAAAUUCUCAGAACUCUCUUACCUGGAUGCCUUCUGGGGUGAUUAUCUGAGUGGUGCCCUGCUUCAGGCCCUUCGGGGUGUCUUUCUGACUGAGGCCCUGCGGGAAGCCGUGGGCCGGGAAGCUGUCCGCUUGUUGGUCAGUGUGGACGAGGCUGACUACGAGGCUGGUCGGCGGCGCCUGUUGCUGAUGGAGGAGGAAGGGGGACGGCGUGGGACAGAGGCCUCCUGAUCCUGGAGCUGGCAGGACUGACCCCACCUCCAAGUCUCGGGGCAACCUUCUUCCCUGGAAGAAGACUAUGUUGCCCCCAGAUGACCAUCACUUUAGCAACUCUGAGGACUGCGUCAGGUCUGCAAGUUCCUUGACUGCCUCUCCUAUAGGAUGUGGGCUUUGAGGCAUAAACCACUUCCAGCUGCUUCCUUCCCAGUUUUCCCCCACUCCAAGUGGAUUCCCUCAACUUUGGGUGCCAGGUUUGCUGAGCCCUAAAGCAGGGAGGUAUAGCCACAGUCACCAAAGCCCCCUGCACAUCGUGUCUCUCAGCUUGGGCUGAUGCUGGCUGGCCCCACACACUUUAGCCUAAGGGCUUCUCUCUCAGGAUCUCGGAUUUUAUUGUCCCCAUCAGGACUUAAGCCACAGCAGUGGGCUCUGGAGCUGGGGUGCCCAUGGGGCUUGCUCACCUUGCCCCUUCACUCAUAUAACCAGCCAGGGCUCUGUGUGGUGUACACACAGAUAUCAUCCACCUCUUGCCCCUUUCCCCUGCUCCCUGGAGCUAGAGACAGCCUUGCCCUUGGACUCUUUGACCCAGAGUAUCACGUGGGUUUUGUGGCCACAGCUGUUCAAGGUCAGUGUUGUGUACAGAGCUCAGGCCAGAACUAGCCACUCUCUCAUGAAGGGAAGGCAAAGACUUGGGGCUGGUGGAAGAUGUUUUGCAAAUUGCGCCAAUAAAACUGCCCCGGAAAGGGCAUAGGUGGGCAUCAAGGCUAAGUACUUUUUAUUGGUGGGCAAGGUGAAAGAUUGUCUUUCAUGUGGUGGCCUCAUGUUAGGGCUGAAGGAGAUGCUGGCUCAUUUGCCAGGUGCUCUGUUCCUUGGGCCUCACUUUCCUUAACUGUCAAAGAAGGAAUUAAAGCCUCAGAGUCAUUGACUCCCUGCCCUGUUCAUACGUGCUUUGUAGAA